AUGGGUCACCCGAAGAAAGAAUCAAGCAGCCAGAAAAGCCAACGCACAAGCUACUUCGACGAGUUCUCAGUCAAAACCAUGGGGGAAAGCGACAAAGAGGCUGACAGCACGGUGUCCGAUAUUCAAGAACCGGCUCGUCUGAUGGUUACGUUCAAUGUCCGGGAGAUCAUGGCAAGGAUCAAAGCCCGAUGCAACAGCAACAGUGAGGCAGAGCAGCCUCCACAGAUCUUUGGACGAGAAUCAGAGAUAGAAUUCCCAGCGGAAAUAUCCCAAGAUCGAGUCGGUGAGCGCCGCAGAGGCUCUCAAACUUUGUGGGAUAUUCUCAAUCGAGGGGUCAACGUCAUCGACUCUAUCGCCUCUCAUCGUAUCGUCUUUGCUGACGGAACUCAUAACAUCCAGCUCUACGCCGUUAUCAAAGGAAACCACCUAUACCGAACCGGUUGGAAGACGGAGCUGGAACUGAGUUGGAUCGCCCUGUCUGAGGUUACUGCAUACUGGGCUUCAUUCCCUGGAGGACGCGAUGGCGCUAUCAAUUCAAUCAGCCCUAUUUUCCCGAAGAAGCGAGUUCUCGUGGUUCUUGGCCAUCGCAAGAGACGCUACGGCCGGCUUGAGCUCAAGGUGCUGUACCAAGGGGUGGCUCCAAAUCCCAUCUGGGUGGAGGAUUGGAAGGUCCAAGUUGGUCAGGAUUUGGACGCACGCACCAUGAAUGACUACUGGAAGGCCAUCGCCGUACAGCCUGGACCGUACGGUUUGCAAGAAGUUGUGGAGGAAACAACGCUGGAGCUCAAUAAUCAACCAGACUGGCCGAUGACCAUGGGGUCUUUAUGA